AGAUUAUUUAGUUAGUCGUGAGAUACCGUUCUAGCUCACUUCCAGUCCAUUAGAUGGCAGUAUUGUACCCAAAGUCUGUUGUAAAAUACCGCUUUACCCAAAAGAAAAAACGUUAUACGUUGUUUUUGCGGAAGUGGAUGUGUACGUCACUUCUGAUGUGAAGCGACAGGCUAACAUGUAGCUGCAGUAAUAGGCUGAUGGCGUCGGAGGUGAUGGAUACGACGUAAACAAAUAACAUCGACCUGUUUUCUUUCGACACGUAUCGACAUACCACCUACAAUCGGCUGUGGUGAGAAAAAAUAAUCGAGAGUAACGCUGUCAACAUGGCGACCACAGGAGUUAGCAGCGGUUCGGUGUCAAACCACGACCGCCAGGAGGUAGCGUCCAACUCGGGUCAGUCUGGAACAUCUACAGGCGCACCUGGAGCAGCCGCAGCAUCCGUGCCCAGCGCACCAGCCUCCGGCCCUGCACCUCCGGCCUCCCCGCCUGCCCUAGGCCUCAAUCGGGAACCAAUGUACAACUGGCAAGCGACCAAAAGCUCGCUGAAGGAGCGCUUUGCUUUUCUGUUCAACAACGAGCUGCUGAGUGAUGUCAGGUUCAUCGUAGGAAAGGGCAGACAGGCCCAGAGGAUACCUGCCCACAAAUUCGUCCUGGCCGCGGGCAGCGCCGUCUUUGAUGCCAUGUUCAACGGGGGGAUGGCUACCACCUCGACCGAGAUAGAGCUGCCUGACGUGGAGCCUUCAGCGUUCCUCGCCCUGCUCAGGUUUCUGUAUUCUGACGAGGUCCACAUCGGUCCAGAGACUGUGAUGACGACCCUGUACACGGCUAAGAAGUACGCAGUCCCUGCUCUGGAGAGUCAGUGUGUGGAGUUUCUAACCAAGCAUCUCAGAGCUGACAAUGCAUUUUUGCUCCUCACUCAGGCCAGGUUGUUCGACGAGCCCCUACUGGCCAGUCUCUGCCUGGACACCAUAGAUGAAAGCACUGCAGAUGCAUUAAAUGCAGAAGGGUUUACAGACAUUGACAUAGACACUUUAUGUGCCGUUCUGAAAAGAGACACGCUGAGCAUCAGGGAGAACCGUCUGUUUGGAGCGGUGGUACGCUGGGCAGAGGCUGAGUGUUACCGACAGCAGCUUCCUCCCACCUCAGAGAACAAACAGAAGGUUCUGGGGAAGGCUCUCCCCCUCAUCCGCUUCCCACUCAUGACCGUAGAGGAGUUUGCUGCAGGGCCUGCCCAGUCUGGAAUAUUGUACGAUCGGGAGGUGGUAAAUCUGUUUUUACACUUUACAGUAAACCCCAAACCUCGGGUUGACUACAUCGACAGACCCCGCUGCUGCCUCAGGGGGGAGGAGUACAGCAUUAAUAGGUUCCAGCAGGUUGAGAGUCGGUGGGGUUACAGCGGUACCAGCGACAGAAUCAGAUUUAAUGUAAACAGAAGGAUAUCCAUUGUGGGUUUUGGCCUGUAUGGUUCAAUACAUGGACCCACCGACUAUCAAGUCAACAUACAGAUCAUAGAAAGUGACAAGCGGAUCACACUGGGCCAGAACGAUACAAGUUUCAGCUGUGACGGCACCGCAAACACCUUCAAAGUGAUGUUCAAAGAGCCUGUAGAAAUAUUAGCCAAUGUCAUCUACACUGCAUGUGCCACUUUAAAGGGUUCAGAUUCCCAUUACGGCACAAAGGGUCUGAAGAAAGUGACGAAGGAGUCGGCAACAGGGACCAAGACGACGUUUUUGUUCUUCAGCUCACCUGGGAACAACAAUGGAACAACAAUGGAGGACGGACAGAUACCAGAGAUCAUCUACUACACCUAGACUUUAUAUUGUUGUUGGACAGGGACACUAAACUGGUCAGACGUCAGGAGGCUGGGACAACUGGGUUUCUGAACACAUGCGUAGAGUGCCUCAUGAAUCGUCAUGAAAAAAAAAAUGUGUUUGUGGGUUUUUUAUAUUCAAUGUGUGUAUAUCUGUUAAUAGAAUAGACGUGUACAGACCUGAUCACCUUCAUGGACGGAGACACUUUUGGGCCAAGAACUGUACGACUCUUGUUAUCCUGCAGAAAUGUUGUUGUUUUUCCUUGCGUCAACACUCGGCUGACUAGGCAGAUGUUUUUCCUUUUCUGCUCGAGGACAAAUUCAGUGACGGCAACCACCUGUUGGAUGAAAGGCAUUUCAUUUUUAUAUAUUUUUUGGCAGUGUAUUUAUCAAAGAGUAUAAUAUUUGCAUAUUUUAAGGGUGAACUUUUGUUUUUUGUUUUUGCAUUGUGUGUUGAAGAUCUACUGUAUGUGCGUUUAUCCAGUGGUACAUGCUGUACACUACAUUUCUCACUUCCUGUUUGCUUAGCACUUAAUUAAAAUGUAAAAAGGGUAAAUAAAUAAGUGACAAUGAAUAAAUGAUGCAUUUUGGCAAGAAAA